AGAUUCGGCUCCGAUUCGACCGCCCCUCCGACUGAAAUAAUGGACUGGUCCGCGGUGACCGCUCGUGGCCUGCGGCGGUGGGCGGCGUCGGCUCGGCUCCGGUCACAAGUCGGCCGACCGGCGCGGCGGGGACGUCCGUGCCAGCCGCGACUCUGUGCCAACGAGGUCGUCACAAUACCGGCGGAAUGAGUGACACAGAGCCGGAGCCCAGCCGGGAGGUAUCCGUGACAGACAUGCGCAAGGUCAUCUCCUGCCUGCUGGACGUGCUGGAGUGUCCCGUCUGCUACCAGGAGCUGUAUCCGCCCAUCUACCAAUGCAACAACGGCCACCCGGUGUGCUCCAGCUGCCGACCGCGCGUGCGCGCCUGCCCCGUCUGCAAGGCCUGGAUGUACCACGUGCGGGCGCUGGCGCUGGAGAAGAUUAUCCGCGAGCUGCCGCGGCCGUGCCGGUACCUGCCGGGCGGCUGCACGGAGCGGGUCAGUGCCGCCGCGCGCGCCCAACACGAGCGCUGCUGUCCACACCGACCGGCCCGCUGUGUCGAGGCGCUCGUCUCGUGCAGCUGGAAAGGGCCGCUGGUGGAGGCGCGUGCCCACCUCGCCAGCAAGCACGAGCUGUCCGAGCGGCUGCACCGCGCCAUGCACGGCCGGUUCAGCUUCUCCCUGGGGUGCGUCGGCCAGGAGAAGUUCCUGGAAGACACGACCGAGUCCGUGCUGUUCCGGUGUCUGAUCCGCGCCGACCGCGGCAAAUUGUACUUCCUCUGUCACGCCCUGACGGCGAACGACCGGGCGGAGAUGUACGCGUUUCGAGUGCUGGUGACGAACCGGUGCUCAGAGCGGCGUCUUUCCUACGAGGGACCGGUUCUCUCAGUCUUCCAGUCCGUCAGUAAAACCAUCGAUGCCAGCCAGGGCCUGCGUGUCGGCCGCGACUGGCUGCUGAAGGCCUGCUCCUGUCGCGCCGGACAGUUCUGUUUCGACACCACGUGGCAGCUGACCCGGCGCUCGGAACUGGCGCAGGCUGAGCGUGACCUGCGUAACAUCCUGGCGGGCGCCUACCCGGAGCCGCACAUCGGCAGCCACGACCGGACCGCCGGCGCCCCGCCGCCCGCGGCUCGGCAGGGGUCGCGCACAGUGACGCCGUCCCGCGGCCAGCGCGCCCCGCCCGCCGGCGCGGCGCCGACCAGGUGGCCUCCGGGCAGCGGUCGGCUCCAGCCGUCAGCAGUCCGUCAGCAGCCGCGGGCCGAGGGAGCCGCCCCCGUCAGCAGCCAGGACAGCGCCGGCGCCGGCGAACUGCCACCUACCACCGGACCGUCAGCGAGCGGAACGGAGACGGAGAGUCCCGGACGGGAGGCCACAUCCUCCGACACAGGGGCGAGUGCUCCAUCCAGCAACCAGGAGCGGGAGUCCAGUGUGGCAGAGGCUAGUGGCUCACCCAGGAGUCAGGGGGCGGAGCCCAGUCCUUCCAGCGACACUUUGGAGUCGGAGGCAAGUAGCCCAGCCGACAGCGAGGAACAGGGACCUGGUGGUUCCACCAAAACUGAGGAUGAAGCAGUGGAAAGUGACCAAGCCAACAGCCAAGAGCGGGGAGCAAUUGGUCCUUCUGCCUACACUCCUGAGGAUGAUGAAGAGAGUGCUUUGCCGAGAAAUCCUGAUCGAGAGACUGGCGCAUCCGAGAGCACUAUUGAAGCAAAAGAUACCGUUUCGUCUGACUCUCUCGCAGAUGAACCCUUACCAUCUUCCGAGACGUCUAAAUCGAGCGUCAUGGCCCGACCACCCGGAGCCUCUGAGGUCUCUGCAGUCUGCUACGCAGCGGCCCUGGCUCGGCUGAGCUCAACUGCUCCCUGCAGUCGGAAGGACGGUGACUGUAGUAACGAGGAAGUCACCUACCAGCCGGGCGCUCAAGCUGCCGAACAGCCAGAUCUCGGCGCAGAGACGGUCGUCACGUCGCCCGACUCGAUGUCGAAAGACGCUGCUGCGCCAAGUUUCCCGUCAGGUACUGAUUCUACUGCUGCCUCAUCUCCGUCGGGUACAGUCGCCCAGACAGAGAAAUCCCAGUUGGAUAUUGUCCCGGAGACAGCGGAAUCUCAAUCGGAUGCCGUCUCCGUUGAAGCCUAAUCGUGUCAUAACCUUGAAUCUCCGAUUUCCAUUUGUGAUGUGCUAGGCUCAAGCGGGUCGGCGUGGCAUAUAAUCCGUUCUUGGCUGAACUAUAUGUGAAGCACAAAAGGGAGAGGUAGAACCCGUGUCCUUGCCUAAUGAACUCACUGGAUGCGCCCGAUCGGACUGAGUGCAUGUUUAUUUUACAUCAUUUACCUUUGUGUUUUAGCUCAAAGACGUGCAUUGCAAGGAACCGUCUGUAUUGGUUUUAACUUUUUGAGUUGUGCAAUGUGCAUUUCGUAAGGAUUGUUAUGCUUGGUUUGAGCUUUCACUACGCUUGCUAAAUUUACUGGCUAAUUAUAACUCUAGUCUUAUUGCAUGUGAAUUCCUUUAUUGCCAUGAUUGGUAUUUAUUUUAUUUGCAUAAAAACAACCUUCGACUGCAGAUUGUUUGGUUGUGUUUUUCAAUGCUAUACAAAUGCGAAACAAUACAUGUCAAGCAUGGAAACGUUUAUCCUGAAUCUGAAAAUGGGAAUGAAUAAAAGAUUGGGAAAUGA